GUGAUUCACGUGCGUAUGCGCAGUACCCGGAUGAGGCUGGUCGCCAUCUUUACUCCAUCAGCGCAGCGCUGCCGGUGGGGCGGAACACCACUCAUCGACCCAGUUGGUUUCUAGGAACCACAGCUAGACCUGGCACGCCACCUUGUUUUUCACUAAAUAUUUGUCACUUCGAUUAGUUCGCUACUCUACCUGCAUCUCGAUAAACAAUGGGAGAGCGAGAGGACCUAGUUUAUCAGGCAAAACUUGCCGAGCAGGCAGAGCGAUAUGACGAGAUGGUGGUUUCUAUGAAGAACGUGGCAGGCAUGAACGUAGAACUAACAGUGGAGGAGAGGAACCUACUAUCGGUGGCCUAUAAGAAUGUGAUUGGGGCUCGGAGAGCCUCCUGGAGGAUAAUCAGCAGUAUCGAACAGAGGGAAGAGAACAAGGGCGGAGAAGAGAAACUGAAGAUGAUCCGGGAAUACAGGCAAACGGUUGAGAAGGAGCUGAAGUCAAUCUGUGGUGAUAUUCUGGAUGCACUGGAAAGGCACCUACUCCCCUCUGCUGUCAUGGGAGAGUCUAAGGUCUUCUACAACAAAAUGAAGGGUGACUACCACAGGUAUCUGGCAGAGUUUGCCACUGGCAAUGACAGAAAGGAGGCAGCAGAGAACAGCCUGGUGGCCUACAAAACUGCUACCGAUCUAGCCAUGUCGGAGCUGCCUCCUACGCACCCCAUUCGCCUUGGCCUUGCCCUCAACUUCUCCGUCUUCUACUAUGAGAUCCUCAACUCGCCUGACCGUGCUUGCAGGUUGGCAAAGGCUGCAUUCGAUGACGCCAUCGCAGAACUGGACACACUGAGUGAAGAAAGCUACAAGGACUCCACACUUAUCAUGCAGUUGUUACGUGACAACCUGACACUAUGGACUUCAGAUAUGCAGGGAGAGGAGUCCUAAAGGAAACAAACCUGACUGUUCAUUUCCCAUGUUAACUGUACUUUGUGAAGAACAGAACAAAGAGGCACUGCAAGACGUUGAGGAUGAGGCCCAGUGAGACUAUGCCACCAACAGCCAACAACUUGAGACCCUCCCCUCACCUCCUCACACUCCUCUUCCCUCCACCUUCGUCUCCCCCCCCCCCGAAUCCUCAUCCCUUCCUGCGAGUCACCUUCCCUUUCCUCCUCUCCCCUCCUUUUCCUUUCUUCCACCUCUGCAGCUCCAUGACCCAGCAGGGCCACGGAGUGAACAGGUUUAUUUUUCUCUUCUUUUUUAUUUUUAUAUUAGCCCUUACAUCAUUCAAGUAAAUACCACUUAAUUGAGAAAGGAAAUACAAUGUUAGAAAGACAAAGAUAAUGAAAGAGUCCCUGGAUUGUUUUUGUUUUUUUUGUCCUGGUACAAGCAGUUCUGAGAUGUUAUCUUUGUUUUCAUUAUUGUAUUUUUGUUUGUUUUUGCUUUUUCCUCAAUAUUUUUAUCAGUUGCUGGAUGUAUUGAGAUUUUUUUCUUAAUGUAAUGACAGAAAUUAACUUUUAUUACUGAUAAUGUUGACUAUUAGUUAUGGGAGCUAUUUUAUCUCUGUUUUUAGUGAAAUGUCAUGCAAAUCAUUUUACCUUUUUUAUGGGCAAUUUGGAAAACUACAAGUGCCCUUUUUGUUAACUUAGGUUUUCAGAGGAAGAUGGCAAAAUUUGCGAUAUCCACGUGGGGCAAAGAAGUGCUUAACUUUUACACCAUAGUGAUUCUGUCGUCAUGUUUUUAUAGUUGUCCUUGGACUGUACUUUGUGCUGAAAUACUGUAACUGUGCACACAUGCUGAAUCUCUGAAGGCUGACUUACGGCUAGCUGGUGGUUUUAAUUUAAAAAAAAAACUUGGGAGAUUUCUCAGUGUAAAAGACAAGUCUCAAUUUGGCCCCGCUCCUCAACAGAGAGCUCUAAAAUCAAGAUUGUCAGUGCUUGCAUGAGGUAACACAUCCUUUCUGCUGCUUCUCCCCUACUUUUUAAUACAGCUCCUCUAGGUUCAGAGGUUUUAUUUCUUUUGCUUUUCCUUUUUCUUUUCUUGUUUUGCUUCAUUAUGUGUAACUUGGAGCUGAUUUGUACUACUGGAUAUCUGACUGGAGCCACAGACAGGGAAUCUGUAUUGUUCUUACUGAAACACAGCAUGGAAUUAACAUUAAACAAUCUAAAUUAAACAUUACAAAUGGA